UUUGUUUCGACAAACUCAGCAACACGAGGGGGUUUCAACACUGGUUGCCGUAACUGUGUAAUACCCAGUUCGGCCGCGCCCAAACGGCACGAAUUAUUUGUGCAAACUGCAAAUUGUGUUGCUUAGUGCAUACAAGUAACCAUGGCUAGUUACGCCAAGCGGCUUUGGCUUGAGGAGGAUCUGGGAGAUGACUACCGCUGGUCGUAUCGCGUAUCCGAGGUGCUCUUUUCGGGCAGAAGCGAGUACCAGGAGGUCGACCUUGUUGAUACCCCGACGUGGGGAAAGGUUUUACUACUAGAUGGAAAGAUGCAGAGCACGGAAGCCGACGAAGAGGUGUACCAUGAGCUGCUGGUGCACCCCACACUGCUGCACCACCCCAACCCCAAGCGGGUGUUCAUCAUGGGAGGCGGCGAGGGCGCCACUGCUCGCGAGGUGCUGCGGCACCGCUCCGUGGAGCAGGUGGUCAUGGUGGACAUUGACAAGGUGGUCACCGACUUCUGCUCGCAGCAUCUGGCUCGCAACCAGGCCGCCUUCCGCGACCCGCGCCUGACGCUCAUCAACGACGACGCGCGCGUGCAGCUGGAGGCGGCGGAGGAUGCCUCCUUUGACGUCAUCAUCGCCGACCUGGCGGACCCGCUGGACGGGGGGCCUUGCUACCAGCUCUACACGCAGGAGUUUUACCGCAACGUGGUGCUCCGCAAGCUGGCUCCCGGGGGCGUCUUUGUGACGCAGAGCGGCCCCGCGGGCUUCCUCUCCUGCCGCGAGGUAUUCGCCUCCAUCCACGCAACCGUGCGCUCCGUGUUCCCCGCCGUGCUGGCCUACGCGCAGCACAUCCCCUCCUUCUGCGACACAUGGGGCUUCAACAUCGGCUUCCAGGACCCGCAGCAGGCGCCGGUGCUGUCGCCGGAGGAGAUGGACGCACGCAUCUCCGAGCGGAUCAGCAACGGGCCACUGGGCUUCCUGGACGGUACGACGUUUGCGGGGCUGCGGCAGUUGAAUAAGAUGGUUCGUGCUGCGCUUGAGGGGCCCGAUGUGGAGGUGUACACGUUGGAUAACGCGCGCUUCAUUCAUGGGGCGGGAGUCAAGUCGGCUGGGUCAUGAAAGUCAUGAGGGAAUGGGGCGUUGCUGAGGUGGAGGUGGAGGCGGUGGUGGUGGGAAGCCAGUGAUAGCUGAUAAGGGGCGGGUCCUUUGGUAUGGGUGCCUGCCUUUUCGUUUCUGGAGGGCUGGUUGCUGACCUCGAAAUGAUUGGGUGGUACGACAGCUGUGUGAAGUACGUGAGAGAGGGAGCCGGUGCAUGCGGCUGCGCCUGCGUGCGGCUUUUUUAGUAAGCGCACAGCAGCCUCCGGCAUGAGUCGCCAUAUGACUGAUUGGUCGAAAUUGACAGCAGAUGGCUAGUACUGACGACACUUGACGGGUCUUGAAUGGGAGAAGGGGUUGGCCAAUUAGACCGCUUGCCCCCACGUUGCUGUGAGCGUAUGUGCGGGGGGAAGCGUGGGAGCUGCUGCUGCCACGCAACGUUCUUUUUGUACGAGAGCGCAAGCGUUGGAACGGCAUGCAUGCUCAAAGACGCGAUACAACCGUAACCUGACCGCCGUAAUGCGCUGUCUUGUCUGGACGUGCCGGUGCUUAUCCAUGAUCGGAGGCUGCCCAAGGGGCCCCGAAAGAGUGCGAGAGUGCGCUUGAACAGAACAGUUUUGGUGUGACGUGACUUCUGCUGUGCCGGCGAAGUGUAGCGGAUUUGGUGGGUGGCAUUUUGGAAGCGGUUUCAGUGCGAGAGGGGCCCUACCGCUGCAGCAGCCGCAGGUUGUUAGCAGGUGAUACGUGGUGCAACGAAGAAAGGCGUGAGGGGUGGGUGCUGCAUGCGGAGUGGCGGGCGUGAUGCGCUGUAAGAGGCAAAAUAGCCACAGUAAGAGCCGAGCAGCGGAUGCUAUACGUUCGGUCUUGGGUGCGGGGUG